AUGAGGCCAUCUAUAUCAGCUCUCCUAAGCACUUAUAUCAUUCUCCUUCUUUUCGCUUGCUGGACCGCAGCUGAACCCGUCCAAUAUUGCCGGUUCGGCCACAGCCCUCAGGAUGCCACGGUUGACUUUUGCUUGGGCAUUACCACACACCACAAUGCCACAGCCAACGAGUACGACAUGUACCUCAGCAUGCAAGUCACCCGGAGCUCAGCGCUUGGGUGGACAGCAGUUGGCACUGGGUCGAUGAUGGCCGGCUCGCUGAUGUUUAUCAUCUACGGCGACCCCCUUUCCGAGCAAAAGCUUCGUCCAACCGUGAGCAUCCGAACAAUAGAUGGGCAUCACCAACCGCAUCUUCUCUCCUCAACCGACACAGGAGGCGCCGACCUCCGUCUCCUGCAAGCCGAGUGGGCCCCAGGAACGGCCGUAGGCGACGAUGUUUACAUCGCGAAGGCCGCGGUGGUGUGUUACUCGUGCGGGAAAUGGCCCGGCACGCCGAUGUCCGCCAACGCCAAGUCCCAGCCGUGGAUUUGGGCGUGGAACGAUAAGCAGGAGUUUGGUGCGUACUCGGAUGACGUGCAUCUGAAGGUGCACCCUUACCACGCGACGGAUGACGGCUGGGGUCGUUUCUAUGUUGAUAUGGCUCGGUCUAUUGACAAGGGGGGGUCAGCACCGUCGCCGCCUGUGAUCCGGCCCGGUGUCGCUGAGCUCGGUGCAUCGGAGAUUCCGGGUGGAUGGUCGUGGAUGGACUCGCUUGUUCACGUUCAUGGUUGGGUUAUGGGUGCUGCGUUCCUCCUUGUCUUUCCUGUUGGGGUUAUCGCGAUGCGAUCGGGAACUUCAAAGUCGUUCCAGUACCACUGGAUACUACAGAUUCUCGCAUCUAUCCUACUACUGAUCGGAGUAGCGAUAGGACUCAUUCGCGCCCACAGAAUCGACUCUCUCCACCAUUGGAUCGGAGUCAUCGUCGCCAUUUGCAGUCUCAUCCAGAUCGUCCUCGGCUGGCGACACCACGUCCUCUUCGUGCAGAUCCAACGACGCCAAUGGGCCUCCUACGGCCAUAUCUGGCUCGGUCGCGUGUUCCUCUUAUUCGGCUGGACCAACGUCAUCACCGGACUGCUACUGACCGGGCGCAGCUUCUCAUGGAUUGCCGUAGCUCUGGGUCUUAUAGCUGCUGACGCUGCCUUCCUGGUCAGCUGGAUCUGGGUGGCAGCCCGCCGUCGGAAGCAGCGGCCACAGUCAGAGGAGGAAAGUCCUCUGUACGCCUUACAGUUAACGAUGGAUGAUUACGUUGCUGUAGCUGCAAAUGAUGUUGAUGAUGACUAUGACGAGAGUGAGGCCCGAUUCAGCCGCGACGAAUCGGAGCCCGUCGCGAUAAGCAAGAAGGACACGGAGUAA